CAAGCUGGAAACGUCAUAUACCCCACGCCUGCUGCGUGAGCAACACUGCUUUGAUUCGACACUCCGUUAUCUAAUCAGGAAGGAGUAAGAUUACUUAGCAGGCUGUAAAGGUUUGCUCUGACAGAAUCAAGACUCAACUUCUGAAGACCAAACCCAAAGCGCAAUACUGAAGAUGAAGUCCAGCCUGAUUGUAACCACUCUUCUCUGCUUCACCACCUGGAUGAGCUUGGCCUUUGCCAGACCUGGAGAAAGUUGUUGUGUCUCGUGGUCCACAACCAGAGUCCCACUUGUCCGAAUUGUGAAUUAUGCCAUUCAGUCUGAAGAUACUUGUCGCAUCAAAGCAGUAUGGUUACGGACCGUGCGUGGAAAGACAAUAUGUGCCAAUCCCAAUGCUGACUGGACAAUAAAAGCAAUGGAGUGGGUGGACAAGAAGAAAGCACCAACAACAUCCACAACAACAACAUCCAAACCAGCAUCCACACCAGAAACAUCCUCACUAUCAACAUCCACACCAACAACAUUCACACCAACAACAUCCAAACCAGCAUCCACACCAACAACAUCCACAUCAACAACAUCCACACCAACAACAUCCACACCAACAACAUCCAAACCAGCAUCCACACCAGAAGCAUCCUCCCUAUUAACAUCCACACCAACUACAUCCGCACCAACAACAUCCACAACAACAGCAUCCGCACCAACAGCAUCCGCACCAACGACAUCCGCACCAACAUCUACAACAACAACAUCCACAACAACAGCAUCCGCACCAACAACAUCCACAACAACAACAUCCACACUAACAACAUCCACAACAACAACAUCCACAACUAAAACAUCUACAACAACAAAAUCCUCACUAUCAACAACAUCCACACCAACAGCAUCCGCACCAACAACAUCCACAACAACAACAUCCACAACAACAUCCACACAAGAACAUCCACAAAAUCAAAAAAUAUCUCUCUGA